GCAAGCAACUCAAAUCCAUUGCAUGGAGAGACUGAUUUAACUUGCCUUCGAGCAGCCGCCAGAGUUUUGCCCCAACCGGUGACUAGACAGCAAGCCUUGCACAGCGGGGCCAUUGGCUCUGGUUAUGGGGACAUACUUGGUCCAUCCACCGCAUCCUCCGGCUUAUGGUCAGCAAUUUCUCCUUCAUCGGUGUCUAGACCGGUCAUGCCCGGCUUCUGGAGACGGUCACGCUGCGGUCGUGGUCGUCCUGUUACUUAAUCAUUACCCCUCCAAAACUCUGCCCGCCAUCCGCUAUCGGCUUUUGUCCCAUCUUCUCUACCCCACGAUACUAGAGCUGUCACCGGCUUCCAUACCCUUUCCAUCUUAUCACACGAUAAGGCGUUCCCUUAAAAGUGCGAGGGGCAUCGUUGGUAUCUGCCCACAUUCUCAUGUCUUUCCUUAUCUGGGUCCUUGGGUCAAACGCAGGACAGCACGCAUGAACCUAAUAUCAGCUCUGGUAAGGUUCAAUCAGACUGUCGCCGUAUGUCGGACUCUUCCAAGUGCCUUUUCACUUGCUUUGUCGCAAAAUGACUUGUUGACUCGCCAUCCGUCUCCACCCGCGUGCUUUCGCCAUCCAUCGCUAAUCGCUGUCCAUUGCAACUUCUCGUAGUUCGUUUCCAUUAGACAAAAUUUACAAAAUUUUGCGCAAUCCGUGACACUAGCCAACUGUUGUCGCCUUGCUCUCCAUACAAAAACCUCCUGCCCCUCCAUUUUACCCCGUGCCCUUCAACUCAUCUGUGGAGGCUCUUGUAUCCGAUAACCCUCAACCCCCGACUUCAACUUUCACCCUUUCUCUGGCUUUCUGUUACCCCCCCCCCCCCCCCCCCCCC